GCACGCUAGUCAUCUACCAGCAGUCUGUCUGUUGGACUCUUUAACACUUGUUCACUCUAACAAGGGGCUGUUUCUGAAUGAUCUAAUCAGUGAGUCUAAGUUUGAGAGAAAAUAAGUUGUAAAACGUUUCUGAACAAAUCCACAGACAGAUUGUGUUCUGUUUGUUGACAUUCAGAGGUCCAGAGAAGAAAGUUUCAGGUUGGCAUCAGCAGGAUGGAGCUUCAGGCGGUCCUGGCCUACAUCUGUCACAGUCCAAAUCAACAGAGAUGAUCGGAGUCAAUCCUAAUUGGCUGAGGCUGGAGGCCCCGCCCCUGUUUCUUCUCCAGAGUGGGAACAGGACAGAUAAGACCUCCGUCUCCUGAGAGCCUCACAAGUUGUGUUCCUGGACUCAGGUUUGGCUCCCUUUGUGGUUUUGUACACAUCUGGGACCAGGUUCAGGAUGGACCUGACGGACUUGAGUCUGACAGCUGGUUCUGACUUCAUCAGUCCUCACAGCCUCCUGGACGACUCCUCUUCUUCCUCCUCUCCUGCUGAUGAAGCUCAGUCUCCCACCUCCUUCUUCGACUCGUCUCCUCUCGACCUGCCAGCCUUCCUCCUGCCCAGCCCGGCCUCCUCCUCCUCCUCCUCCUCCUCCAGUGUGUUCUGUGGAGGUCUGACUCCUGGCUCUCCAGCAGGAGGAAGCAGCUUGGGGUCCGACAGCUCCAUGUUUUCUUUUUCAGCCACGGUCCUGAGGGGAGACUUCCUGACCCUGGUGGGGUCUGUGGGGACUAAAGGUCUGUGUCUGGUCUGUGGGGACUUGGCCUCGGGUUCUCAUUACGGCGUGGCGUCCUGCGAGGCCUGCAAAGCUUUCUUUAAGAGGACGGUUCAGGGGAACAUGGAGUACAGCUGCCCCCUGAACAACCAGUGUGAGGUCACCAAACGCCGGAGGAAAGCCUGCCAGGCCUGUCGCUUCCAAAAGUGUCUGCAGGCCGGGAUGCUGAGGGAGGGGGUGCGUUUGGACCGGGUCAGAGGGGGGCGUCAGAAGUACAAAAGACGGCUGGAGAUAGGUGGAACAACAUGUGUAAAGAACCCGUACGGUUCUCCUGGCAGAACGAGAAACAAAGUGAUCUCACAUCUCCUACUAACAGAACCGGGCCCGCAGGCCGCCUAUCAGGACCAGUCAACCAGCGACAGCAGCUUGCAGACCCUGCUGACCCUCUGUGACCUGCUGAACCGGGAGCUGCUGGUUCUGGUUGGCUGGGCCAAACAAAUCCCAGGUUUCUCUGAACUCUCAUUGGUUGAUCAGAUGUCCCUGCUGCAGAAUGGUUGGAUGGAAGCCUUGCUGGUGGGCGUGGCCUGGCGGUCACAGGGCUCAGUGGGGGAGGAGCUUAUAUUUGCUGACAACAUGUGUCUGGACGAGGCUCAGUGUCGAAGCGCAGGAUUGGGCGGCGUGUACGAGGCAGUGCGUCACCUGAGCCUCCGGUACCGGUCCAUGAAGCUGAGCCGGGAGGAGGCGGUGGCACUGAAGGCCAUGGCGCUUGCCAACUCUGACACACCUGCUGUUAGACAACUGCUGUUACACACCUGCUGUUACACACCUGCUGUUACACACCUGCUGUUACACACCUGCUGUUAGACAACUGCUGUUACACACCUGCUGUUAGACAACUGCUGUUACACACCUGCUGUUACACACCUGCUGUUACACACCUGC